AUGGCAGCGGAGUUGCAGCAGAAGCUGGCCCCGUGUGGACUCAAACUGUGGGGCUCUGAAUCCAAAGUGAUCAAGAACGUCAAGACGGGGGAGGCCCCGUGGGCCAGCCGGGCAUCUGGGCCUCUCCCUCCCCUGGCACCGCCGCACCCCUCCCCCCCGCCCGGGCUGGGCUCCCAGGCAGCCUGGCACGGUGCCAGGCUCGCCGCCGCACUCGGGCAGCGGGGUGGGGCGAGCGGCGGCAGCGCCGAGGACGUGGCCGGGCGCCCCGGGCUCACGCAGCGCCCCGGCCCGGAGGCCGGGGCCCAAAAGGACUUGGACCCAGGCGGGGCCUGGAACCUGGGCUCCGACGCGGACGCGGACGCGGACGCGGAGGCGGAGGCGGAGGCGGAGGCGGAGGCGGACUCGGAUGCGGACUCGGACGCGGACGCGGACCCGGACGCGGACGCGGACCGGGACACGGACCGCAGCUCCACCCGGGACAUGGACGCGGACACGGACGCGGACACGGAUGCGGACAGAGUGUCGGGCUCGGACCGCCGCCGCGGACACGGACCCCACGCGUGGACCAUGGCCCACUGCGGCGCGCAUUGCCGCCGCGGACCCGGGCACGAACCUGGCCACGAACAUGGCCACGGGUCGUGGCUCGGGCCGUGGCUCUGCUUUGGACACGGACACGGACUCGAAGCGGACGUGCACUUGUCUUUGGAUUCGGACACGGACGCCGGCGCGGCCCCGAGCGCGGCCCGCAGCUGAUCGCUGAGAUGCGGCCGCUGGCGCGGCUGCCGCCGCGGACUCGGCAGGAGAGCGCACCAGUACUCGGCCGCUGCUCCGCCCCGGACUCGGUCUCGGACCUGGACCUCGGCUCGUACCGGGCCACGGACACGAUCCCGGUCACGGGCGCCAACCCCGGUCCGCGCGCUCAGCUCCGGAUUUGGACUUGUCGGGGCUUGGAGCGCGGCCGCUCGGGAUGCGUGCCGCCGCCGCCGCUGCCGCGGUUGCCGCGCACCCGGGCGCGCACUCGGUCCCGAGCCUGGGCCGCGCUUGGACUCGGACUCCGAAACGCACCGCGGCUCCGACCCGGGUUCCACCCCGAAUCAAGACCCAGAUGCGGACGCAUCCCGAACCCGGACCGCAGCUCAGCUCGGGGUUCGGACUCGGAUGCGGUCCCCGGCUCGCACCGCGAUCUCUGCCUGACGCGCCCGGGCCGCAGCCCCCAGACCGCGGCUCUCUCGGGGCCCAACCAGCUGCCCUGCAGACGGGACCCCGGACACAGACUGGGACCCCGGCCUCCCGCCCCGGCCGGCGGGUCCGCCUGAACACGGACUGGGACUCCGAGUCCGAAACGGCCCGCAGCCCGCACCCCAGCUCCUCCUCGGACGCUCACGCGGCCUCCUACCUCGUAUCCCGGCUCUGCCCGAACGCGGGCUCGGAUUCCAAGCCCGGACCGCGGCCUUGGUCUUCGACUCCGAAACGGACCGCAGCUCGGACCCCAGUUCCAACACGGACUCCGGCUCAGACCCUGACUCGAUUGCGGGCGCAUCCCGAGCCUGAACCCCGGCGCGGCUCCGGGUUCGGACUGGGACGCGCGCCCGGCUCGCGCCGCGAUCUCUGCCUGACGCGCCCCGGCCGCAGCCCCCAGACCACGGUUCUCUCGGGCACCAACCAGCCGCCUGCAGGCGGGACCCCAGACACGGGCUGGGACCCGGGCCUCCUGCCCCGGACCGCGGGUCCGCCUGAACACGAACUCGGACUGCGAGUCCGAAGCGGCCCGCAGCUCGCACCCCGGCUCCUCCUCGAACUCGGACUCGGACUCAAUCCGGGGCUCUUACCCCAACCGCGGCUGCGCCCGGGACAGGGACUCGGACACCGACUCGGACACGGACCUGGACCCCCAGCUCAGACCGUGGCUUAGACCCAUGCCCAGAUGCGGACUCAGAUCCCCACCCUGGACGCGGGCUCGCUCCGGAUUGAGUCGAUCCUGAGCCCCCUCCUGGCUCUGCUGCAGACCCGGCCCAGGCCCACGUGGACCCGGCCACGCACUCGGACUUCGGACCCCGCUGCGUGCAGACCCCAGACCUGACACCCGCCAGACAGCCCCAUCGCCCGCCGCGGCCUCGGCUCGCCCGGCGGACCCGCUCCGGCCCUGCGCGGCGAGCCCGGCGCAGUCUGCAGCAGGCGCGCGCAGGCCUCCCGACUCCGCGGCUGGGGCGGCCGCAUUGUGUCUCCGGCGCCAGCGGAGGUGCAGACAGGAGAGACUUUCUGGGCCGUUUUUCUUUCUCUGCUUUUCACUUCUGCUGGGAAUCCUGCACAUGGGAGAGGAGAGCAGAAUCCAGAGCCCCCUGUGAGGGAGACGCGGAACGCUCCGCGCUUCGGCAGUGGGCUCUUCCUCAGGCUGCCCUGAGGCCGGAGCACGACCUCUCCAGAGCCCCGGGUGGCUCGGGCUGCCGCUGGAGGCGCAGGCGUGGUGAGGGCCGCCCGCACCAAGUCAGUCCUUGAUCAGUCCGCGUCCUCUGACCCUUGUUUCUUCCUCCAACACUGGACAAGGUUGUCAUUUUUACCCCAAGAAGCUCUGGAGACUUAGUAUCUUGUAACUUUUUUUAUUUUAAAGAUUUUUGUCUGUUUUUUUUUUUAACAAAACACUUUCUCUUGUGACUAUGUUCAAAAAGGAAAAGAAAAGAGCCUUGGCCUUGGAGGAAGGACAGAGCAGCUUCUUGUCCUCGGCCCAGCCUGGCAGUGCCUUGGUCUGCUCCUCACUUAUGUCGUAGUUUUGUUCACCUGGCUUUGCCAGGAGGCUUUUAAUUUUUAUUUAUGUUUUGAUUUUUUUAUUUGAGACACACACACACACACACACACACACACACAUCAAUUUGUCGUUCCACUUAAUCCUUGUGUGUGCCCUGACCAGGGAUCAAACCUGCAACCCCGGCCUAUCGGGACGACGCUCUAACCCACUGAGCUCCCUGGCCAGAGCCUGCCAGGGAGACUGUUUUAAAACGUGAAGUUCGUUUCUGAGCUUUGUGGGGCGGAACAUUCCAAUGUGGAAUUUGGCCUGGGGAAGACUUGGUGUUCUGGGGGGCGGGGGGGGCAGGCCGCGCCUCGCUGCAGUGAGGACAACGCUGGGGUCCUGCCAAGAGCCGUGGGGGGAGCCAGAUGCGCUGCAGACUUCUGCGGGAGAGGGAAGCCCCGCGCUCUGACUGUCUACCCCAGAACUGGCUCCCCAGCAGCCCGGCCCCAUCUCCCCUCGUCCGUCCCCUCCUGCAGCAGCCGCGGCGCCCGCCCUCCCUCCCCCCCUCCCCCUCCGUGGAGGAUUCCUAACUUCAUCCGAUGGCACUUCUUGGCCCCUGUGGAAUGCUGAUGUCCAGGCCUGGCCGCCCCUCCAGGAGAGAAGCCCCACAGUGGGCCUCUCCCCAGGGGCCUGUCAUCAGGCGUCCUUGCUGAUGGCCGACUGGCACUUUUGCAGACCCUUCUGCCCCCUGCCUGGCCUUCCCCAUGGAGACCACAGACAGGAGCCUGCCGGGUUCCCAGAGGGCCGCAAGCAGGGGGCCAGCUCUGGCGGGGCUGCUCGGCCAGGGCACGCCCGGAGUGCGCUGUGACCCCUCAGCGCGGUCGAGGCCAGGCGGCUGUGUGAGGAGGAGUCUGGCAGGCCCAGCGGGGAGCCCGGGCCUGUGAUUUCACACCGGAGGUCCAUUCUUCCUAGCCCACCGUGUGGGAGUGACCAGGAUGCACCUGGCAGGGGGGUGCAGGCCUCGGAUGACUGAAGCCGGCGGCGGGGGCGGGGCGGGGGAGGGGGGUCACACAAGCCGGCCCGCUUCAGGCCCUUCUGGGACCCAGAUUUCAAUGGGGCUCUGUUUUUCCUGGGGACUGCUCUUACCUAUAAAAUAAGCCUAUGUGUGUAGGAGUGCGAGGAGGGGGGAUGGUGAUGUUUUUCUUUUAAAAAAAGCAAAAUUAAAAAAAAAUAACCAAGCGGCGUGUGUGGACGCCGUGGUUGGAGGCCCCGGGGUCUGCGCAGUGUCAGCCAAACCCCCGCCGCGCCCGCGCGGGCCCCUGCUGCCCUGGCCUUUCGGGCGGGCUGGCCGUUCUUUGCUCUGCCUUCCUCUCGGGUCGUGAGGGUCUCUCGAGGAGGGCGAGCGGCAGGAACUGUGGACACCCGAGGUGCUAGCCUCACCGCCUGGGAAGAACUCCCCGAGGCGCGGCGGGUUUAUGACAAAAAUGCGAGCCGCUCGCCUGGUACCUGGUGCUUAUGGAACACGUGGGGUGUUUCUGCUGAUGGGAACGGUGUCGAAACCGUCUGCAGUGGCCCCAGGAGGGCGUGGGCCAAGCCCAGGGAGAAACUGGGCCAGAUACAGAACAUCCCAGCCUUGGAGCUGGACAACAAGGUGACCCCCGACGUGGAGGACUGAAUAUGAUGGUCCUGAGAACCCUCUCCUGCCGGCACGUAUGUGGCCGGAGCGCCCUGGCCCACGGCCCGUCUGUCUGCUGCAGGCCCCGCCCGCUCGGGCCCGGGUCUGUGGGGCUCAAGCCCCAGCUCAGUCCCCGCCGUUUGCUCUUUCCUCCCGAGGGGUCCAGAGCUGCCAGGCGGAGAGUCCUGAGCCCUCCCCCCAAACCCAGCCUCACUCCCCAACACCGGCCGCGGCAGUGCCUGAGGUCAGCCUGGCUGGCCACGCCACAAACGCAGUCCCAUCUUGCAGGGGGAGGUCUGCACUCAGGUCCGCCCUCGUUAUGUGCGGUGGGUAGUGUUUUCACUGGCUUUGGGUGUUUGCUCGUCGCAAUGAAAAAGGAGUGACCCGCCCUGGCUGUUGCGUCUCCGUUGUUGGGAACGGUGUCCCGUAGACCAAAGGGUCUCGGGUUCAGUUCCCGGUCAGGGCACAUACCAAGGCUGUGAGUUUGAUCUCCGGUUGGGGCACACACAAGAAGGCAACCGAUCAAUGUUUCCCUCACAUGGAUUUUUCUCUCCCUCCACCCCCUACUCUUUCUCUCUCUCUGAGAACAAUGAAAAAAUGUCCUCAGCCUAGGAUAAGAAGGAAAAAGAGAGUGGCCCCAAAAGACCACAGGUAGGGCCUCCCUUCCAACCCGGUCGGGGCUCCCGCAGGGCGGCAAGGCGGCCUCGCCCCCGAAGGGCGGCAACGCUGCUGUUUCUGCACUCGCACACACGCACCGGCACGCCCGCACACACGCGUGCAUGUUCGAGGGCACGCACGUGCGCACACACAUACUCCAGGAUGUUUUCCCCGUGCGGCUAACAUUUAACGUUCUAAUAUUAAAGUUGGAGGCACCAACAGGCUGUCUUAAAAGGCUCAUUCAGCCCGUCUGCCUCCGAGCUGUUUUAUUUAUGUCUUCUUGUCACGCACGUCAAAGGACUCUGUGUUUCUGGCAGACCGUGCUCGGGCGGUGGGGUGUUUUCGUUUUUGGCUACAGCUGGUUAAUUUUUCCGAAUCUGUAGAUCCAGGUGUGCGCUGAGACGCUUUUUCCCAGCACGAGAAGUUUCCCAGUGAGGCUCGGAGUCCUAGAAAUUUCCGGCGUCCUACGUGUGCGAGACCGCCAGGUUCGGGAAGCGGGAGAGCGGCAGAGAGAGGCGGCGGCGGCAGCGCCUGCGUCCACGGCCCCCUCUUAGACAAGGGCUCUGGAAGCAGGAUUUGGAGAACACAAGAGUCGAAAAGUUUCCCCGUCUUGCAGUUUGAGCAAAAGCACAACCCUUGCUGAUAAGUUUAAAAAUCCCUGCUUGUGAACACCCUCAGCAAGCAAGCCCAGGAGUGGAAAUGCCCGUCCGCCUCUCUUCUUUGGAAACACUUCUUUAAAAUACGUGUUCUCUGUGUAAAAAUUAUGUAGACUUUUCUUUUCAAAAUUAAUGUCACCCCCCUCAUUGGAUUGUUUACACGACCACCAGCUUUUGGCUAAAACAAAACAACACAAAACUUCAAGUUCUCGUAAAAGCCAGAGUUUCAGCAAAAGUUGCCUUGCGAGGAGCCAAGAAACAAAACAGAACGAAAGCAUUGCUUUCUUGCUCUCCUUUCUUUCCUUUCGCAGCGUUUUUCUUUGCAGCCGUUGAAUAUUAUCUCGUCUUGCAGUCAUAAAUUUACUUAAGACGUUUCUUUGCUUUUUUUCUGGAAAGGGCAUGGAUGAAAAAAUCUGAGCCGAGCUCCACCGCCUGCUAGCAGAGCCCGAGAGCAGUGGGGUUCAGAGUGAGGGAAACGAAACGGCCGUUCUGUGGAAAGCAAAUUACUUACCUGCGUGGUGUGGAAUCGCAUGAGAUUUAAAAAAAAUAAAAUGGGAGCAUUUUAAUAAAGAAGACCAGUGUGGUCGAAUUUCAAACAACUUGUGACUGACGCCCCCCCCUUCCCGUCCCCCCCAACUCUGCCCGUGUCUGUUCUGCAAGCAGUCUGGGCUUUGUUGCUGCGAUCAUUUUAAAGAAGCGAUUUGUGAAGCCUUGAUUUUUUUUUUUUAAAGUUCUUGCUGUCUCUUGCAAUUUGACAAUGAACUAUUUGAGUUCCAAAGCAGGGUUUAUUUUCUUUCCUGCACACCGCCCCCCACCCCUUGUUCUAGAGGGCUUCUAAUUUACCCCGUUCCCUGAAGGGCUGCACGGCUAAGAAAUGAUACUAAAAUUCUCAUUUUUGUGUACGGGGAAGAAAAAAAAAAUCCAACGGACUUUCACAAGCAUCUCAGCAUGAUUUAAAAAUUUCUAAAAUAAACAUUUGACAGUUUUUAAAGUUUGAAA